GGUUACUCUGUGCAGAGUAGUUGAAAAGGUCGGCACAACAUUGCGGGCUGAAGGGUCUCUACUGCGCUGUACUGUUCUGUGUUCUAUGUUAAUUGCAUGCAGGACCCGGCACCAGGCGGACCACCGCAGCUUCUCCUUGUCUUAUUUGCACAAAGACAGCUCCUGCAGACAGUGCUCAUCACUCUUCGCUGCUCGUUCCCUGGGCAUCUCCUGUCAUAAGAGGAAACUCUUCUGUGUACACAAUUUCAAAUUCUUUCAUUGUUCAGCAAUUUGUACCCGCUCGCCGCCCCCCAACUUCCUGUUAUUUCAGAAAGAAUCCAGCCUGCUUACACUCAGAUAUCCUCCCCAGCGUCCAAUUUCUUUUACGCACGCAAAAUGCUGGAUGAACUCAGUAGACUCGGGCCCAGACACUUAAUCAACCUCUGAUACCCUCUCAGCACUGCCCUUCUGGCGGGCUUUCUUUGCGCAAAAAUAGCGUUUUAUGAUAUUAAUAUUUAAUUAAUCUUCCCUGCUUUUCAGUUCCGUUAUCUCUGGCAUAAACAGAAGUUUUCCUUUUCCAUUUAUGGUCUUGAGAACCAAAGCAGUAAAUUGCGCAACAGAAUGGAAAAUUCCUUAUCAGCGUAUUUCCUCCUACGGUAUCAGUGGACAGGAAGUUCAGCUCUGCUCUGCUCGAGUGGAGAAGUUCAGCGCCGCACUGUAAGACUACGAACGGAAGUAGUGCGAGAUACCCUGAGGUGAAAAUGGACUUGAAUGUGUUUGCAAGGACGGAGCGACUCGAGGGGCCUCUGCAAGAAUAUUACCAAACAAACGUCAAGAAAGAGUCAGGCAAACGCGAAGUGAAAAACACUUUGCAGUCCACGAUAAAAGACCUUCUUGAAUUCAUCCACGGCCGGGACAAGCUGUUUGCAAAUAACUUCAUCCAGGUGGGGAGUAUUGCGGACCGAACCAAGGCGGAGGCACUGAAUGAACUGGACGUGCUCGUUCCUCUCCAGAAGGACAUAUUUCGCGUCGCUGCCAUUGAUGAGCAUUUGGACAUGUUUGAAGUCGACGAGUAUGUUGGUGCUUCGUGGAGAUGCCUUUCUCACGAUGAAACCAUUAUGAGGUUGUUUAAUCUGGUAAAGGAAUAUAAAGACAUUUACUACAAAGAUAAUCAUCGCUUUCAAGUUAGAAAGAAGAAGGUAACAGCUUCAGCUCUGCCUCUGACGAUCAACUGGAUAGAUGUGGAUAUGGUGCUUUGUAUCGAAAAUGCUCUCUCAUUCUCAGAUGUGAAAUGGCUUUACCCAAGUUGGUUCAAUGGCAGGUCCAGAUGGUUGAGCUAUGAACAACAGGAGCGAGUGAAGAACUUUGGGAUAGAUUUGACGUGUCAGGGAAUAUACUGGAGGCCUUCCUUCUCAAGGAUCGAUGCCUUUUUAUUUGGUGAAGUAGAUGGGAAAGGUGGCUACCGUAAAAAGGCCUUCAAAAUCUUCAAGUCUCUCAAUAAUUACUAUUGGACUGUGGAUCAAUUGUGUGAGGGCUACAAAGGGAAGCCAAAACCGUUUCUCAACUCCUUUUUUAUGAAGUUUCUGUACCUACACACCAGAGAAAAAUAUCCAGAGCCUCAUCACUGGGAUUCACUGGCAAAGUCAUUCUGCAACUUCUUGGAUGUUUUAAAUGACUGCUGUAACCAGAAGUGUCUGUAUCACUAUUACCAAGCUAAUGUUAACCUUUUUGAGCGUGUUGCCGAUAAAACCUUCAAAUGGUUGCAAGAAAAGAUACACGAUAUCUUGGAAGAUCCAGAAAAUGAGAUCGAAUGAUCUGAUUGAGAGAAGGAAGAAGAAAAAAGACAUUGUAGUU